CUCAUAAAAUAUGGAAAAAUCUCUGAAAGAAAUUGAAAACUGGUUAAUUUUUGCAAAUAAACAAGUUUGGUUUUCUCAACUUGAUGCUUCAGCUCACAACACAAUGAGCAGUAGUUUUCCCAAUGCCCCAAGACGACGAUGAUGAUGGUAGAGUGAUGGUGCUGGGUAGUAUGCGCCUCUGCAGUUGACAGAGACUUCCGAGCUUCCGUUCGAGCGAUCAACAACCAGAGGCAGAGUGGUUUUGAUAUAAAUGUGACUGUGGAUUACAUCAAGAUCUAUUUUAGCAGUGACCGACCAGGUGUGCAAGUGGAGUGGAUUACAUAAAACACCAAGUGAUUGAGCAGAAAAUUAUAAAUUGUAGUGCCAAACGCUAAGAAUGUUAUCCAGAGUGCUUAUAGUGUUUCUUAUUGCCUAUGUGGCUAUACUAGAGGGUUCUCCGCCUGUGGCGGCUUCUGAGCGCGGCAAAAGUUCUGACUUGGUCAAUCAUGAGGAAUUGCAGUCUCAAAUUAUAACCAUUGAACGUUUAGAGGCUCUUUUGAGGAAAGCAGGUGAAAUUUUCAAACCCCAUCUCGGUGCUGCACACUACACAGAGGAUUUACCAUCAGCGGAAAGUCAACAAGUGGCAGUACCCUUGCAAUUUUUGCAGCCACCAAAUCAGCCGUACAAUUUCUAUUUACCCUUAUUCGAAUAUGAUGAAAGCACGGAUGAUCACACCCAGAAGCUGGAUGAUAAAAAUCGUCACAUGGAAAAAUUUACUCCUCCCCCUAAGCCAAAAGAUGGCGCUGUUGCUGAUAAUUUCUAUGAUGUCAAGCCCCGAAAAUCUCCCAAGAAAUUCAAUGCUGACAACAAACUUAUCAACAUUAAAUGGUACAAUAAUUAUGAGAAACAAUUGACCUCGCCCAACAGUCAUAAAUCCGUGAAUAUACCCAAGGAUCAAUAUUUACUAAACGAUGAACGCAAUCGUAUUAAUUUUGAUGAUUCCUUUUUCGCGGUGGAUAUGAAAGUGCCGGAAAGAAAUAAUAAAUUGGAAAAACCCCAUGACGUCGAAACAGCAGUUGAUCACGAUGAUUAUCUAAAUCAGGGUGAAGAAGAUCUAAUAGCCGCCGCCACAUUUCAAAUUCCAUUGAUACGAACAUUUAAAGCUUCAUCAAGGAGAUUGUAGUAGACUUGCUUUAGAAACAAUUUAAGUCAAUACUUGUAAUUUAUAGAAAUGUAUUAUUGUGUGUAUUGCCUCCAAAUAUAUAAGUAUGUAGUUCUUUUUUACUAUAAAUAUAAAUAUAGGUAUAUUUAGUAGAAGAAAACUAUUUUAUUUACAAUUAAUCAUCAAAACAAAUGUAAUUCAAAGGUAUGGCUUUUUGCUUCAUCUGCUGAGGUAGUUCCCUUUGUCUGUGGGUCAGUCAAGGUAUUUUCAAUAUGCUGCUACUGCUCCUCCCUUUACUUCCUCGCCUGUUAGGCCUUUGCGCACCACCUUCUCAAUAUCAUCCAAUAGACCAGAAGCACCAAAACGAAAGAGUGCUGGUUGUAACCAUUUCAUACCCAAAGUUUCUUUCACCAAAGUCAUCCAUGUAAUGGCCUCUCGUACAGUACGUACACCCCCAGCCGGUUUGAGUCCAACUACUUGCCCUGUCUUUCUAAGGAACUCUUGAAUUGCCCAUAUCAUAACUAAA